AUGGCGCUGGAUCGCGAGCUGCGGCGGUUGCUGGAGUACGCGAGGCUGCCGGAGACUGACAAUGCCUCGUCGAAAGAUGGGAAUCCGCCGAGACCGACUGCGCGUGGUAUUCUGGACCGUAUCAUCGGCAUCCACCGGCAGACCUGCGUGCCGUCCAUGGGUGUGAGUGCUGACAUGAAUCUGCCAGAGCUGUUGGUCUUGACUGCAGAGGCUGCGAUCUUCCAGGGAGAUUUCGACACCGCGUCUGAAAGUGUCGAGUGGUUUUUCAGCGAGUGUCAGCUAAAGAACCAGUUUUACUGCCGAGCGCAAUUCGUUCGCGCGCAGUGCGGGUCUCACGACGCUCAGUCGGAUACGGGAGUGAUGAAGCUGAAGAAGGUGCUCAACGCCAUCCACUUCAUUCUGGCUGUGAUCCCGAUCGCUACCGACAGCCGCAAGCGCCCGAUGUACGACUUCCUCGUCUACAAUGCGUCCGUGACGUACUGGCAGAUCGCCCGCCAGCUCAUGAAGCAGUCUACGUUCCAGUUCCUCGUGCCGUCGCUGACGAAGGUCAUCGACGCACUCAAGUUGACUGCAGAAGCGGAUGUGGCGUGGAUGCUUCAACUCCAACUCGCUCUCGUUUACGCUCAAGUGGACGCCAAUCAACCGGCAAAUGCUGCCAAGACUAUCAACGACGUAGUCGACGUACAGAUCGCCCCUCGCCUUGCUGACCCCUCGAAGGCUGCGGACGAGUCGUUCAAAGCCUUGUACGAAGAAGCGUUGCGGAUCCAAGUCCACGUCGGAUCCUUCAAGGACCCAGAGUGUCAGAAGAUCGUGCCGAAUGUCAAGCGACUGCUUCCUCCAACCAACAAGCGCUCGUCUCUGCUUGUGAAGCUGCAGUGUGUCAAGUCCGGGAACCUCUCGGGGACGUUAGAGGCGGCGUACGUUGAAAUCUUCCAGGAAGCGACUGGGUUUCUCGCUUUCGCCCCUGAAACGCAGUUAGACGAAGUCAAAACGUUCGUGGCGUCGCUGGAACCGCGCGCGAUGGAUGACAUCGACGCUGAAGUGAUCGUGGAGACCGCUAUCCAUGCUGCCUUCAACAACACGUUGGCAAUAGCGGUAGCGUGUGAUGUCAUUCUGCAACGCAAAGGCAAGAACAUGCCGCCAAAGAUUCGAGUCUUGUACCAAGUGUUGGGCGCGAUAUUGCUGAUCGUACUGCCCUCUCAGCAUACUGGUAGCAAGAUGAGUUUGCGACAACGUCAAGCGACGCAGCUCGCUCGGCGCGUGGAGGGGAUGAAGGCCUUUGAGCGCACUCUUCUAGCCAGCAAGCGCCAGCAGGACCCGCAGUUGGUUGAGAGGGUGUGCAUCUACGCCUGGAACUUGUCGCUGCCAUUGCUACAGCCUCACUUGCGCAGCAACUUAGCGCGAGUGUUGGGUCUUUCGUCUUCGAUUUUGGAAGAACUGGACUCGCUGCUGCUUGGAUUGCGCGCUCGACUCUACCUGGAGGUUGCGAAGCUUGAAGUGGCGUCCGAUUUCCUGGCCAAAGCGAACUCGAAUGUCAGCAAGGCGCUUACUCUCGACUAUGGGACGAUCGCCCGCCCCAACGAUGCGACUGCGAUGACUGUCGAGCUUCUCAGUACACACAAGGACUGGAUCGCUCGACCAGUUGACACGCAUUUGUUCCCCAUCAAGCAGAAGCUGGAAUUAAAGUUGGGGUCCGAGAGCUCACCUUCAAAGUCAAGCGAAGUGUUGGCGAUGUUGGAGCAGGUCAAAGUCGCUAAAGACCCUCAUCAGCAGCGACCCACUGUUGAACGAGCCAUUGACGUGAUGACGGAGAUCAGUAGCUCAACAGAGGAGUCUACUGAUGUUGCAGAUCACGUCAGACUCUGGUGUGAGAUUUCAUCUCUUGCGUGGAACGGCUUGCACGAUGGUGAGCUCGCCCAGAGAGCGGUUGAAAGUGCUCUAUCGACAUACUUCGCCACAACUGAAGCGGGGGAGGUUGUGGCCCCGAAGAUCAUUUCUGGCGAGAAGAGCUUGAUGAUCCUCGAGGUUGAUAUGCGUCUGCUGUUAGUCGAGAUUCUCGCGACGAGGCUUAAAGACCAGGCGACCAAAGUUGACAAUGUACGUCGUCAAGCAGAAUCUGCCGGAAAUUGGUUGGAGUCGCAGGGUGUUGAACGGAAAGCCGGUGGGAGAAGAAGGUCGAGCAUUGAUCUCUCAGCUUUGGUACUACUGGGAAAGGAGGCGUACGUGCUUGGAAUCCAGCGGCCGCGGCCACAUGCAGAAGCAUCGCCGACGUCACCGAUGGAUCCGCCGGGCGAGAGUGUAGAGCUGGAUGAAGACGCAAUACUACAAGUGCGGCAAAGCAAGCUGGAGAGUGAAGUACACGCUGUCAAGAGUGAGAUACUGAAGCAUCUGGCCAGGGCCUUGAAGGCAGCGACGAAGAUCGGGUGGACUUUUGUGUUGGAGAACACGUGCAUCUACCUGUGGAACUAUCACUUCCACGUCUUCCGCCUGGUGCUAGAGUCCUCUCGGCCAGAGUUCUUUGAACCGCAGUGGAUUCUGCCGGAGUGUGUCAGUGCAUUUGAAGCCGUUUACGCAGCUCUAGAAGCUGCAGCAAAUGCAGUUGAUAACGACCUCCUCGCCUGUGUUGGACUUGGUCUAUCAAGUAUUUACGAGAAGACUGCUCGACUGGAUAAGGCCCUCGCAAUUGCUGAUACCUUCUUGAAGCGGAAACCACUAGCAGCUCCUGCAGGGUUCAGCCUUCAGAGCAGUGUGGGGGUGCUGCACCUGAAAAGGUUUGCAGAGAUGAAGUCAAGAAUCCAGAUUGCUCAGAAUACAAAAGAGAUUGCGCCUACGGACUCCAGCACAGCCCAACUCAAGGUAGUCGCGUACCUGGAAGCGAUGGAGGCUGUAUUCCGACAAAUGUUGCUCCCUGCAGCGCAACAACCUCAAUUGAUGGAGAAAGCCCAAGGAUUAUACCAAAAAGCCGUCGGGAUAUGGCAAUCGAGCGCUCCUGAGAUCUUCAAUGCCUUUAUGAGCGAUGACCUAGAGCGAGUGCUGGAAGAAGAGCAGCAACUGCUGGAGCUUUACGUGGAGGUUUGGGUCCGUGUCGGCUGCGGCGCGUUCCGUCUCCACAGUACGAAGUACGCCAUCGAGUGCGCUGACCAGGCGUUGCUGCCGCUUAAGUCCGGGGAAGGCAAGAAGGCCAGGCAGAUGACGCAGCUUCUUGUCGUAGGGAGCACCUGGAAAUGGUUUGCACUGGCUGAACUGCUCUACGGACGUGCGAUACUGGCGCUAACACAAGGGGAUUCUCCGGCGCAAAAGCUGCUACUUGCCUCGCUGUCUCACCUCGUGCGUGCGAUCGAGUACGGCCUUCGUGGGAGCAUCUCCACGCUUGUCACUCAGGCGUGUGAAGUGAUCUGGAACGCGACGAUAUCGGCUAUUAACCGAGGCAACACCGUAGAUAACGACGAAGCGGAAGAUGACUUCCUCGACCGCGUCGUGCAGCACUUGAGGAAGACGUUGCGCUAUCUGGACCAGGUUAUCGCCUCCCCCGAAGCUGAUUUGUCCUUUUACGGUGAAAUGGUCUUGCUAACGCUCGCAGUGUGCGAAAAGGCCAACAAAUGGACCGAUCAGUUCGCGAUCUGUGACGCGGUGCUGAAAGCCUUCGGACCAACCUCCCACCGAGCUCCCCUUCCCAGUGAGAUCAUGAAGGAGAUCCAAACUGCGUCUGCGAUAUCCGGAGCGCACCUGGGGAGGCCGAGCGCGAUGCCUAAAACCGGAGGCAGCUCCAAGACGCCAGAGCAACUCAAGGAAUCUCUUGUUCAAGCUCAAAUCUUACGGAAAGUGGCGUUUACGUCUUGGAAAGACCCGCCUGCGCAACUUAAGGCGCUAUCCAACGCGUACGUGGAGCUCGACGGCCAGCUAGAAGAGCAGGCGCUGGUGCUCGUCGAUGUCGCGGAGUGGUUGUUCACCAACCGCUUUCCGUCUCAAAAUGCCGAGGCGUAUCUCGAAUGCGCGACCGCGACGCUGAUGAAUUGUCAGAGACAGAAACUUAUCGCCUCGCAGAUGGCUGCGUCCCGAAAGGCGUCGAUGUCCGUGGGUUCACGACCUAAAUCAACUGUGGUGUACUCGCCGUUGUGGUUUGCCGAGAAGCAGCUUCGCGUCUUCGUGAUGCAAGGAAAACUGGCCAAGACGUUCACCGAGCGCUCAAAGUAUUUACGUUUGGCUCUGAUUGAAGUGGAGAAAGCGUGGGAACACAUCUUCUUAGUGGCAAAUGAGGUGGAAUCCCAAGCUGCGUUUGAUGCGGACCCAUCCAACAAGGCGAACAAUGUGGAGUAUGACGAGUGGAAGAAGGAUAAAGCGCCGAAAUACUCGAAGCCGACGUCCGAGCGUGGUUGGGUCCACUUCUUCCUAGACCACGAUGAGAAUGCUGCUCAUCGCUUCCACACGCCAUGGACUAAAGCGCUUCAGUCGGUGCAGUCGCCGACUUUCGUCCACAUUACUCAGCCGGUUCUAACGCUGGCUUACCUCGAAGAACUGGUGACGAUGCUGCGUGACGUGGGGCUUCAAUUCGGCGCUAUGACGCCAGCAUUUUGCCUAUACGUCGUAGUAUUCCACACUUACAUUCCGCAUCGAACUCACGUCGCGCAAAUUUGGCUGGAGUUGUUGCAGUUUGAGGUCAUGGAGCGCUUGAAUUUGAGCAAGUUUUCGCUGCCUCUACAGAGCGCGCUCGACAUGAUUCAGACGCACGCAGAGUUGCUGAUGAGGGAAAUUCAGGAUGCAGAGGCGACUAAAACACUUCCAGAUAGUGCCCUCACCUCGAGGAAGCGUCUUGUGCUGCACAGUGAUCGCCUGGAGGCACGGGCCAAAGCUGUGGAUUCAGUCAAGAUGCUUCUCCAGUUCGGCUUUGUUCGUCAGGCGAAGAUGCUUCUCGAGAUUUUGCGUUACUCGGCCAAUGAUGGAGAUACCAAUGGGAACAAUGCUCCUGCCACUGAAGCGCUUAGCGAGUGUGAGCUUCUAUCGAGCCUCGUCUUAGAGAUUGAGGGACAACGUGAGUGGGCGUUGGCUCGGAUGACUAGCGCGCUCAAGUGUCCUCAGCUUGAUCUCUGUCGUUUCUUAGAGUGGACACUCCGAAGCUGCAAGCUGGACCGCAACCUCGCUCAGUCUCUUAAUGCCUUACAAGCGACUGAGAAGAAGGCAGCUAAGACCAUAGUGGCUGCUGUACGGCGUCCCGCUGUGCAAGCACCAGCAUCUAGUCCCUCAGACCUUUCAUCAGUGUGUUUAUUGGCUCGAGUCAUCUUCAAGCAAGCGACGAUUUUACUCAAGAUUUCUGCCGCGUCCAACGGCUCUGGUGUGAUGGCGCACUUGUUGGAGAGCAAGCGAGCGUUCGAAAGGAGUGUGCGGGUGUUAAAACUCGUCGAAGCAGACUAUGGCCGCACUCAGUUGAUGUUGAAAUUUCGAGAAGUCAUUGUGAAUCCCCUGGAAUUGGACCUUUCCAUGACAAAACUGCAGCUCGCCCGACUGCUUGUGGCCCCUGAGCUGUCUACGGCAGCUAUUCAAGAGAAAGAGAUGACUUGGUACCGCUACUACGAAGACAGUCAGCGCAGCAUAGUGGAGAAAUGGCUAAACGCCACGGGGUCCGUAACGAAGAAGAGCUUAUCAUGGGAAUUACCACGCGCAAUGACGCUGAUCACUUCGGCGAUAGAUAAACUCAGUGGGAACCCGACGCUGGACAUUCAGCACGCGAUAGCUCAAGUGAUCCGCCUUCAGUGCCAGCGCCUCGCCCUCUUGCAUGGCUGCGAUCGACAGACAGCGGAUGCGAUCCAACAUCGCUUAUGGACGAGGUAUACCUCGUCUGACUCGCCUAACGUGACGUGGGUUUGCUGUCACGGAGCCCGAGCUGAACUGGCUGUUGCUGCUGCCGACGCUGCUGCUGCUAACCAACCUCAGACCCAAACCCAAGCUCAAGCUCAAAGCCAGCCUCAGACCCAGGAGGACAAUAUCGACCAAGAAGAAGAGGAAGAGGAGGAAGGACUGGAUCAAGCCCGCUUCGACGAAAUGCUGACUGCCCGAGCCGCUCAGAUACAGACGUACCAGGUCUUUGCGUUCGAGAAGCAGUGCGCGGAGCUGUUAAAGCUUUGUUCCAAUGAAUUGAUCCAGCUCUUAGGCUGUCGGCAUCCUUUCGACUGCGCCAAGAACGUGCUCAAGCACCAGAGCGCGGAGGUCAUCGAGGUGACCAAUAGUUUGUUCGAGAAGUGCGUCUCCGAGUCGAACGUGCAGCGGCUGCACUUGCGACGGAUGAAGAAGCUCCAGAAGACUCACACCAGCGCUGCAGCACACAGUCUUCCGUUCCAGCUCUCGCAGCUUUAUCUGACCCAGCAGUCAGAAUCGUUCAAGCGGAUGAGUGUCGGCUUCCGAGUUGAUGCAAUCGUGGCCGCUCUACCGAGCACCAUCCGCGUGCUGUGUCUCCACUUCUCUCCGGACCGGUGCUUCCUGUACGCCGCGUUGUUGGGCAGCACCAAGAGACGCGUAGCGAUUGCGCGUAUGGAGUUUACUGAUGUUCAAACAGUUUUGCUUGAGCAAUUACGGAAGAGGAUCGAGGCAUGGAGAGCGAAAUGCUCGAAAGAGACAUUGGCGUAUGAAGACACACAUCACCAGGACGAGAUGUACGAGUUCGUUGGCGAUAUCUUGGAGGAGGAGUUCACAGCCAUCAUCAACGACACAAUCGAUUUACUCGGGCCUCUGUUUACUCACUCGGCGAUGAAGGCAGAGCUGAAAAGCAAUCUCGCUGGUAAUACGCUCGUACUUUUGUUGGAUCAAGUGCUGUCCUGCCUCCCGAUGGAGGCCCUCCCAGCUCUGCAAGCUGCCGAUGCGAUCGCGCGGGACUUUUCGAUCCAAAUGCUGCAUCAACGGCUCAUGGCGCUGAAGAAGCAGCCGCUGAGACCCAACGAGGUUCGCGUCAUUGUAGAUCCACACAAAGAAGACCCUGGGAGCUCCAGCGGCCAGACCAUAACGAGUGUCGUGAAGCAAGCUGGAUGGAAGGACGCCUUCGAGCACGGCCAGAUCCCAAGCGUGACGGACUGGCAGCAGGCGCUUCUGGCUCGCCGUGGCGGCGGACUCAUCUACGUCGGACCCAAUCGCGUGCUCGGUUCGUUUCUGCCGCUGCAACAACUUACGGGCAUGAACGUUGCGCUCACGUGCCAAGCGAUGAUACUGCUCGACCACGCGGAAAACUCCAAGAGUUCACGUCGACAGAGCAAAAUCGACAGCGAGAAGCCCGCGUGGGAGAAAGAAGUCGAGUGCGAUCCCUACUGCCGCGCGCUGCUGUUGACGCUCUGUGGCGUGAACGUGCUGACCAUCAACCAGUGGGCGACGACCUUCAACGGCAAUCGACGGCUGGCCAACGGCCUGCUCCAGAACUUGGGCAAAGGCCACUACAUCGGCAAAGCGCUCAAGAAGUUCAGCGAGUCCACGGUCGCAGCUUCUGCAAGCGCGACGUCACUAGGUUCACCCCCAACCGACCCCAGUAGCCCAAUAGCAGCAACCGAAGGCUCUGUAGGCAGCAAACUGCAGCUCAAGAACAGGUUCCGCUACAACGCCGUAGUGUACGGACUGGCGCAUCUCAGUCUCAAGAGCGGCGACUGA